AUGCGAAACAGAGCCACCAUGUGCCUGUCAACACUCACAAAAGACUACGCCGUAAGGCUGCAGUGCAAAGGGGACAUCAACGACACCCUGCUUCCAGACCUCCUACCAAUGUUGGCACCGCCAACGUCGCCUGUCGGGCAAGAAAAUGCCGCGUCCAUCAUCGCCAAUUUGAGCACAGAGUUCAGCGUGCGCAAGCAGCUGCUGGCACAGGACGUGGUGACGCCGCUUGUCGCCCUGCUCUCAUCCUCACAGCCCGAUAUCAUCCGCAACGCACUGCAAGCGCUGCUGAUGCUGUGCGAGGACUACGAGGGCCGUGCACAGAUGAUGGCAGCAGAGCCUGCACAGCCGCUGCUGGCGCUGCUUGACUCUGAUUUUCGCGCCAUCCAGGAACUCGCCCUCAAUGUCGUGGCAAAGGUGUCCCGGAACCAGACCUGCAGGCAAACCCUCUAUGAAGCUGGGGUGCUGGAGCGGAUUAUUGGGUUUGUGACCAACCCCGAGUACAGUAAGUCGUAUGUGGUUGCGCUCGAUGCGCUAUCGACGAUGCUGUACGAACCACCGGCACUGGAGCGCGUGGGCGCCAUCCCAGACAACGGCUCGCAGGCCGACGCGCCGCUGGUGAAGGUGCUGCAGCUGCUGACGCACGAGGACGUGGAGGUGAAGGUGCGGGCAAUGGAGUGUGUGCGCACGGCAGCGCACGACAACGACAACCGCCGCAUUCUUCGCGACUUCAAAACAGAGGCCGCCGUCGCUGGGCAGCUCCUGCCGGAUGAUCCAAAACAGCCCAUCAACGCGGCCGUGUCCUGCGCCGCCUGUAACGCCCUCUCCGCUCUCGCAAUCGCAAAAUCGAGUGCUGCUGCCGUGCUGACGGCGGGUUCGCUGCCAAAGCUCGUGCGAUUGCUGACGUGUGAGCACGAGUCGUGCGUGCAGGCAGCGGCACAGACCCUGGCUGUCCUCGUCUCAAAGUCAACGCCAAACAGACUGCAAGUGUUUGAGGCUGGCGUGUACCCCGGCCUGCUGGAAAUCCUCAAAGCAACUGCUGUGCAGCGGCUGCCAACGCAGGCCCACGCGGCAUCGUGCGUCGCGUCGUUUGCACAGGAGCCGCAGCUGAGAGCAUCCAUGGCCACGGUCUCUCCAAUUGCUCCGCUGGUCCAGCUGCUGAACAGGGGCGCGCACACGGCUGCGCUGCAGGAGAAAUGCCUUGAUGCCCUCACCGCUCUCGCCGGCGACGCAGCAUACAGACGCGAGCUGUCCACGUGCGAUCCGUAUCCGCGAAUUGUGGAAAACAUCUCCAGUGCCGACCAGCACGUCGGCCUCGCAGCAGCGCGCAUCGUCCACCAACUUUGCGAGGAUCCUGCCAGCGCCGCUGAGCUCAUCCAUGAAGGGGCGCUCGGGGCGCUUCAGCGGGUUGCGGCCUCUCGCAGUCACACGAGCGACACAAUCCAAGCAGCCAUGCACGCGCUGCUGUGCAACCAUCUCUCGGCCAAGUUUGCGCUGACAAACGAACUCUCCGCCUCCGAUAAAGUCAAGCAAAUCUUCUUCGAUCCAGGGACCUUCCACCGCAUCCCAUCUCUCAAGCACCUGCACACACACCACCCCUUUGUCAUCAUCUGA